AUGUUGAAACUUCAUUUGUGGUCAUGCCGCUUCGUUGCGGGAAUAUUGGCAGUACCUUCCGCAAUCACCCUACAUUAUACCCGAUUUUUGAAUGCUUUCAUUCGAACAGGUUUAGGAACAGGUUUGUAUUAUCUUGUUCAUUUCUUAUUGGUAAUAAUUGUUGGAUGCGAAUAUCUCAUUCUGUUCCCAUAUGAGCAGCAGGUGCGGCCAUCACUUCGUAUCCCUCUAUAUUACGCUGUCGGAGGAUAUCUAACUGUUUGCAUUCUAUUCCAUUAUCAGAAAGCAUGCUCCGUCGAUCCUGGACAGCCAGAAUUUUCUGAUGCGAGACCACUGUGCAUCUCUUGUGGGUACCACAAACCAGAAGGGACACACCAUUGUUCACUUUGUGGUCGCUGUGUGUUAUAUAUGGAUCAUCAUUGUGUAUGGAUCAAUCAGUGUGUAGGCCUCAAUAAUCAUCGCUAUUUUUUACAAUUCGUUGUCUAUGUGUGGUUUUCGCAGUGCUUCAUACUCAUUGCCAAUUAUACGGCUUUUUGGGAACACUUCUAUUCUGUCAAUCGCUUAUCAGCAGUACCAUAUUGUGCGCAGCAUUUAUCAUUGGCACCAUGGCGCGGCUUGCUUUGUUCACUGAUUCCAAAUCUUCUGAGGAGUUAUAUUUGUUUUGUUUAUGGACUCGCAGCGCUUUUAUUCAUCAUUCUUGGAAUGUUCGCAGCAUGGAACAUGUAUUUAAUCUCAAUUGGCGAAACAUUCGUCGACUACUUGCAACAUCGUGAUUACCGACGGAAACACUACAGAUGGCGUUCACCAAAUGAUCUCGGAUUCGUGGAAAACUGGCGCUGUUUCUUGGGAUUGAAGCAAGGCCGUACUUUCAUACGGCAUAUUCUGCUGCCAUCCUCUCAUUAUCCCAUUGACAGGCGUCUCAUAUGUAAAAGUGACGUUCUAUCUUUCGUCAUAUGA